AUGUCGUUUGGAAUAAAUGAAAAACAACUUUUGUAUGAUAAUCCGUGUGCACCAAUUGUCAAAUUUUCUUACUCCAACAAUCUCGAUGACGACGACGACGACGAUGAUAUGACUGAUGAACGGAUUAAUUCCAAUUCAUCGAUCGAAAUUCUCUUACAUCCAUCAUUAGAAAACUCGUACAAAGCGUGUUCACUCGAAGAUCUUGUUCAGUCGUUUGAUCAAACAAUUCAUGCGUGUUUUCCUGAAGAACUGGCAGUCUCCAAAGCAGAUGUCAUUCCAACACCGAAUACUUGGUCGGAAUUAGUUGAGAAACUUCAUCAGUCACUUCGUCAAGAUUUGAAGUUGCCACAUAGCCGAACUGAAAUGACCAAUCUUCAAGACAGAUAUUCGUAUGAAGAUGAUAUUCAAUCGAUUGACAAUUUAACCGAAGACGAAGAGGAAAAGCUACGCGAAGCGAUUGUUCUAUCGAAAACAUUGCCUCCUGAACCAUUUCUUACUGCCGAACAGGUCAUUAAUAAAAUCGAUUUUAUGCUGAAAGACAUGACACCCGAUUCCGGCUUUUGUGAUGAUUUGCAAGAAGGACAUUUUACAUACGAUGUCUACGACUUGAAAUAUCAAACAAUAGCUUCGCUGAAUCAAUUAACCGAUGAACUGAACGACUCGAUUCGAAAUUUAUCAAGUGUUCUUGUACAAGAACUGGCAGAUCGAGAUGAACUCGAAGAUGAAAAAGAAGUGAAAAAUACAUUUAUAUCUCUCGUACUUAGUAUUCAAAACAAACGACGAUAUUAUCAAAAUGAAAAACGUCAAAAACGUCGUGCAUUGUUUGGGAAUACAAAUUCUAUUGAACCGGGAACGUAUCUAACGACUGUAAUUCCAUAUGAUCGUGAUCAUCCGUCAUGUCUAUCACUGAAGCAUAUACAAAAUCUAAAUCAAAUUUUGAACGCCAUCAAUGACAAUAGUCCUCAAGUACCGGAUCUAUUGACAAAAUAUAUUCUCAAAGUUGUGUGUUCAAGUUGA